UUGACAGUAACAGUAACAGUAACAGUACACACCAAGUACAAUACCAUCGCGGCAUACCCUUGGAUCUCCUCCGUUUGUUUUUCUAAGACUCGGUGCAGUUCACUAUGAGACAACACAUCAUUCGAGCCUAAAUCAAAACUCUGCAAUCCCAGAAUUUUCUGUGUCAAUUUGUCUGCCAAUCGCCAUCGCCGUGGCCAAUACUAAGACCCCUUUCAUGUAACUGAAAGUGAACUCUUGGAAGAGGAGGACAUUGUCACUGCAGUAUGAGGUUAUCGCAUACAUAAUUCAAUGAUGGACGCUCAAAGUUCCUCAGAGUUGAAUGAGGCCCCACAAAUGCUUCCACCACCUCCUGGAACUUUUGUAGAUCGUGAGGAACUUAUCCAGCAUGUCGGCGACUUUGCCGUAUCCCAGGGAUAUGUGGUAACUAUCAAGCAAUCUAAGAGGGACAGGGUAGUAGUCCUUGGAUGUGACAGAGGAGGUGUUUAUCGUAAUAGGCGGAAAACUAUUGAUGAGUCCUCUGCUGAAAGUAUCCGCCGAAGAAAAACAGGUUCUCGACUUACCAAUUGUCCUUUUGAAGCUGUUGGUAAGAAGGAUGCUGGCUUGUGGAUACUAACUAUUAAAAAUGGUACACACAACCAUGAACCUUUAAAGGACAUCUCAGAACAUCCUUCUGCCCGACGCUUCACAGAAAGAGAAGUUUUCUUAAUUAAAGAGAUGACAGAAGCUGGAUUAAAACCUCGCCAAAUUCUUAAAAGACUGAGACAAAGCAAUCCAGAGCUUUUAUCAACUCCAAAACAUGUUUACAAUGUUAAGGCGAAGCUCCGACAAGGAAAUAUGACAGUGAGAAACUUCAAGUCAUUAGGACCUCAAAAGUCUGCUGUAAGGAAUAAUUAUCAAGCCGUUAUGGAGCCAUCUUGGAGGCUACGCACCCCUCCGAGGGUUCCCAAUCUAAUUGGAGGUAGAUUUGUUGAUUCCCAGUCAUUUGCAUCUAUUGAUGUUAUAAAUCCUGCAACGCAACUGGUCGUUUGUCAAGUCCCUUUGACCACCAAUGAGGAGUUUAGAGCUGCAGUAUUUGCAGCAAAGCGGGCUUUUUCAUCAUGGAGAAAUACAUCAGCUACCACUCGUCAACGCAUCAUGUUCAAAUUUCAAGAGCUUAUUCAAAGGGACAUGGAUAAGCUUGCUAUGAACAUUACUACUGAACAUGGAAAGACACUAGAAGAUGCACACAACGAUGUGUUGCGUGGACUUGAAAUAGUUGAACAUGCUUGUGGAUUGGCAACUCUUCAAAUUGGGGAAUACUUUUCCAAUGUAUCAAAUGGAAUUGAUUCCUAUAGCAUCAGAGAGCCACUCGGUGUUUGUUGUGGGAUUUGCUCCUUUGACUUUCCUGCUAUGAUCCCUUUAUGGAUGUUUCCUAUUGCUGUCACAUGUGGUAAUACAUUUAUUUUAAAGCCUUCAGAGAGGGAUCCAGGUGCUGCUGUCAUUCUUUCAGAGUUAGCAAUGGAGGCUGGUUUGCCUAAUGGAGUCUUAAAUAUUGUUCAUGGUGCCAAUGACAUUUUUAAUGAUAUCUGUGAGGAUGAUGAUAUUAAAGCUAUAUCAUUUGUCGGUCCAAAUUCUGAUGGUGCAUAUGUAUAUGCAAAAGCAUCAGCUAAGGGGAAGCGUAUUCAGUGCAAUAUUGGUUCCAAAAACCAUGCAGUUGUCAUGCCUGAUGCAAAUAUGGAUGCUACUUUGAAUGCCCUAGUUGCUGCUGGGUUUGGUGGUGGAGGACAAAAGUGCAUGGCACUCAGCACAGUCAUCUUUGUUGGAAGCUUAAGUCCAUGGGAAGAUAAACUAGUGGAACAUGCCAAAGCACUCAAAGUAACAGCAGGAACUGAACCUGAUGCACACCUUGGUCCAGUAAUUAGCAAGCAGGUGAAGGAAAGGAUGUGCAGAUUGAUCCAAGCAGAUUUUGAAGGCGGUGCAAAACUAUUGCUUGAUGGGAGAAAUGUAUUGGUUCCAGGUUAUGAGCAUGGUAACUUCAUGGGUCCAACCAUAUUAUCCGAUGUUACAAUUGAUAUGGUGUGUUACAAGGAGGAAAUUUUUGGUCCAAUUCUUCUUUGUAUGAAGGCUGACAGCAUAGAUGAUGCCAUAGAGAUUGUGAAUAGAAAUCGAUAUGCCAAUGGAGCUUCUAUAUUUACCACAUCCAGUGUUGCUGCUAGGAAAUUUCAGUCUGAGAUUCAGGUUGGACAGGUUGGCAUAAAUGUACCUGUUUCGCAACUGCCACCCUUUUCCUCCUUUAGUAGCUCCAGAACAAGUUUCUCCGGUGAUCUCAAUUUUGAUGGCAAGGUUGGGAUUCAGUUUUACACCCAGACUAAAACAGUGACACAGCAAUGGAAGGAUUUAGUAAGCAAUGACUCAACAAGUAUGCAAAUGCCAACUUCAAAUAGCCAUGGAGAAUUUCUGCAACUCCAAGUUCAUAGAGGUCAAAAUAAGUAGACAUUAUUAAACCCUAAUUACCUGUUCAACCAAGUAGUUGACUUGGCUUUAGGGUUAGUAUAGAAGGGUUUGUAGUAGUAUUAGUUACAUUGUUCACAUUAGUCUACCACAUUUUCUUGUUUAUGAAUAGGAAAUACAUGUAUAUUUGGAAUGAAUGUAUUUAUCCUUCUUUUUGGCUUUAAUGGGAUGAAUUUUGUAUUCCAA